ACAUCCACUGUCCUAAAGAUGCUAUCUCUCCUCUUCCUCGGGGACCACUACCUCAGAUUCUCUGCCUGCUUCCUGCAGAUGUACCUAUUCCAUGGCCUUAACUGCUCUGAAGCCUUCAUCCUGGUGGUCAUGGCCUAUGACCACUAUGUGGCUAUCUGCCGCCCACUGCACUACCUUGUCCUCAUGACCCCACAGACCAAUGCUGCACUGGCAGCCAGUGCCUGGCUCACUGCCCUCCUUCUGCCCAUCCCAGCAGCGCUGCAGACCUUCCACAUGGCUUUUAACAACACUGUUCACAUCUACCACUGCUUCUGUGACCACUUGGUUGCGGUCCAGGCCUCCUGCUCUGACACCACGCCCCAGACCUCCAUGGGCUUCUGCAUCGCCGUGGUGGUGUCCUUCCUGCCUCUUCUCCUGGUGCUUGUUUCCUAUGCCCACAUCCUGGCCUCAGUGCUUCGCAUCAGCUCCCGAGAAGGACGCUCAAAAGCCUUCUCCACCUGCAGCUCCCACCUCCUGGUUGGCACCUACUACUCCUUCAUUGCCAUAGCCUACGUGGCCUACAGGGCUGACCUAUCCCUUGACUUCCACAUCAUGGGCAACGUGGUGCAUGCUAUUCUCGCACCUGUCCUCAACGCUCUCAUCUACACGCUGAGGAACAAGGAUGUCAAAGCAGCCAUCACCAAAAUGGCAUGUCCCCAGGGCCCAGGGAAUUCUGGGACCCUUGAUCCUUAGAUGCAAAUAAUUCAGCUCCCUGGACACCAGUGACAGCGCCCAGCACAGAAUAAACACAAUAAAUAUUUUUAA